AUGUCAUCCAUUAUUGUCAAAGAGAUCACCCUAAUCACCGGUGCGAAUUCUGGAAUUGGAUUCGAGAUAGCACAUCAGCUUCUCCAAAAAGGCACUUAUCAUGUCCUCUUUGGCUCUCGCAACAUUAGCAAAGGUUCUGCGGCCCUGCAAAACCUGCAAGCACGCAACCUCCCCGGCAGCGCCGAGCUGAUGCACCUUGACGUGCAGAGCGACGACCAUAUAAAUCAAGCCGCGGCACAUAUCCGAGAAAAGCAUGGCAAACUCGACAUUCUCUUCAACAACGCUGCCGUCGCGCUCCCAGAAGGUGCAACAGAGCGUGAAAGGAUGGCUGCAGCCUUCGACAUCAAUGCUACCGGUCCCUGGCUCCUCACAAAAGCGCUCAUACCCCUUCUCAAGAAAAGCGAGAACCCCAGGAUCAUCAACAUAUCUUCUGGUGCCGGAAGUAUCGGUCGGCGACUCUUCCCAGAAAGUCCAAUGUACAAGAUUCAAGCCAUUCCGUAUCGCGCGAGUAAGGUGGCUUUCAACAUGCUGACGGCAUGCCUGUACGUUGAGUUUGGACUUGGUGUAAAGCAAACCGAUGCGAUGGAGCCGGUGUCAGGCAAGGGCGAGGCUGGGGCUGUAGAGGGGACAGAUGCGAAGAUCAAAGUGUUUUGCUAUGAUCCUGGAUUCACAGUAUCUAAUCUUGGGCCGUAUAACAAGCAAGAGUUUGGUGCGCGAAGUGCUGAGAAGACUGUUGACAGUGUCAUGGAACUUGUGGAGGGGAAGAGGGACGAAGGGGUGGGCAAGUUUAUACAUAAUUCUGGGGGGUAUCCCUGGUAG